UAAAUCCCGUCGCUUCACUGAACAUCAAAUCACCACUAACCCUCCCACAGCUCCUUAUUGGAGAUUCGCACGAACAAGAACGCUAUCAAUCAUAGACCCUGGAAUGACUUCAGAGUGAUCAGCCAUCCCUUCUCCACGCACGACGCCGCGUGUCUCUCUGCAUGAUGUUGAAACACACCGGAUUACACCGUACUGUUGGACAGUCCCAAAAUACGCCGUGAGGCGCAUAUAAAUCCGCCGGAUCUGUACGACUGGGUGCAUGCUAUCGGCGUGGAUUCGCAAGCUUCUGACAUGAGUAUCCCGUACUUGGACCUCCGAGACUACGUGUUUUAUCUGCGUAAUUCUAUAACAUUCGUCGAUCAUCGUGUCAUGGCAUAUAAACCUCGCUGCGCUUCCGCUUCGGGGCUCUCUCCAUUAAAUUACCUUUUAUUUUUGAAAUUAGUACUAGUCAAAAAUGAUGUUUACAUCAAUUAUUCUGUUUGUUAUCUCUUCAAGCGUCGUAAGAGCAGAUUGGGGACCAGGCGGCGGCUUUGGUUGGAAUGGGAAUGAUUGGGGAAAUAAUUGGGGUUGGGGAGGAGCGCCUGACUGUGCUAAAACAUGCUUCUCCUCUAUCUUCCCGGCUCAAUCCACUGCUUGGUCCAGCGCCUGUGCAUCUCAAACUGUCAUCGACAAUUGCGUCACAUCAGCGUGUCCUACAGCAACAGCUCAAUAUGCAAGCGCUUCUAGCGUCAGGUCCGAAUGGUGCUCUUCGUACUCUAGCUGUUCUACUGCAUCAGACUCUUGCACCACCAAUUGGCCAUGGUGGGGUGGAGUGAAUGGUGAUGGAUGGGGAGGUUACUGGGGUGGCAAAGGGUCGGGUGGAGUUUUCACUGUCACCGUUACAAGUGGACAGGCUACGGGCCUCACCACCAGAACCAUCACCGUGACUACCACAGCAAGUGGAAGCCAGGUCAGGAGCACCGAAACACAGACGGGGACUUUUGUCCUUGCCCAGGCUGCUAACACUCCAACCUCAACUCCUACUUCUACGAACGGUGCUGCUCAAGCAACAAAUGGCGCUGGAGCCUUGGUUGUUGCAGCUUUGGGUGCUUUUAUGGCUCUGUGAACGGCAAAUAUAGAGACUUCGGGAGUUAAGAAGAUCAUAGGAGUUUGGAUCAACGAGCCUUUCAAUUUGAGUAUUUGGAAUCAAAACUGCAACUAUGGGUAGCGUAAAAAUCAUGUCUUUUUCAUACAUGUACCGGUCAUCUGCUAUCAGUCCUUCAUUUAGGUUUUAGUUGUAGUUCAUUAUGAUUACUAUCUGAGUACU